AAAAGUGUGCUCUUUUUGGAAUCUGUGGAACGGCCACCAGUGUUGGAGCUACUGCACUGGGUUUGACUAGGGAAGAACAAUAGCAAGAUUCCCACAAACUUCUCAUUCAAUCAAAUUUCGGCUCAGGAUAAACAAAAAAUAUACCCGAAAUGAAGCUGGCGCCCAGGGAAAUUGAGAAAUUGAUGCUCCACAAUGCGGGAGAGUUGGCACAGAAGCGUUUGGCUCGUGGAUUAAGGCUUAAUCACGCCGAAGCCGUCGCUCUUAUUGCAGCCCAGAUAUUGGAAUUUGUCCGGGAUGGGGACAAAAGUGUGGUCGAGUUAAUGGACCUUGGAAGACAAUUAUUGGGGAGGAGACAAGUUCUUCCUUCUGUCCCUUAUCUAUUGGAUUCUGUUCAGGUAGAGGGGACCUUCCCAGACGGGACAAAGUUGAUAACGAUCCAUGACCCUGUAGCAUGUGAAAAUGGAAAUCUGGAGCUAGCUUUGCAUGGCUCUUUUCUUCCAGCUCCUUCUCUAGACAAAUUUCCCCCAGUUGAAAGUUGUAAUAUACCUGGUGAAUUGAUAUGUGGACCUCAACAUCUAACCAUCAACUUAGGAAGGAAAGGCGUGGUACUCAAAGUAACUAACACUGGGGACAGGCCUGUUCAGGUUGGAAGUCAUUAUCACUUCAUUGAAGUCAACCCACACUUGGUUUUUGAUCGAAGGAGGGCAUAUGGCAAGCGGCUAAAUAUCCCGGCCGGAACAGCCAUCCGUUUUGAGCCAGGGGACACAAAAAGUGUUUCACUUGUCAGCAUCAGUGGAAACCAGAUCAUACGGGGUGGGAAUAAUCUUAUUGAUGCACCAGUAAAUGAUUCUAAAAUCACAUCUGUGAUGAAAGCUGUACUUGAGCAAUAUGGUUUUUCAGAAGAAGCAGAUGCUAGGGAAUUUGUGACUGAAGAAGGAUCUUCUGUUUCUCAUUCAAUGUCUCGUGAAAAUUAUGCUAAUAUGUAUGGCCCUACCACUGGUGAUAAAGUUAGGCUAGGGGACACCGAUUUACUUGCAGAAAUUGAAAGAGAUUUUGCUGUGUAUGGCGAUGAGAGUAUAUUUGGUGGUGGAAAAGUUCUUAGAGACGGAAUGGGGCAGGCUUGUGGAUAUCAAUCGUGUGAUUGUUUGGAGACGGUGAUAACAAAUGCUGUAGUCAUUGAUUAUACAGGGAUUUUCAAGGCUGAUAUAGGCAUCAAAGAUGGUUAUAUUACUUCUAUUGGGAAAGCAGGCAAUCCAGAUAUCAUGCAUGGAGUGUCAACCGACAUGAUUAUAGGAGUAAAUACUGAGGUUAUAGCUGGAGAGGGAAUGAUUGUUACUGCUGGAGCAAUAGACUGUCACGUACAUUUCAUUUGCCCGCAAUUAGCUUUUGAAGCAAUAACAAGUGGCAUCACUACACUAGUGGGAGGUGGUACAGGACCUGCUCAUGGGACACGUGCCACGACUUGUACUCCAGGACCAUUUCAUAUGAAGCUAAUGUUGCAAUCAACAGAUGACAUGCCUCUCAACUUUGGUUUCACAGGAAAAGGAAAUUCUGCCAAAGAAGAGGGCCUACAUGAAAUAAUCAAAGCUGGAGCAAUGGGACUGAAGCUUCAUGAGGACUGGGGAACUACUCCGGCUGCAAUUGAUAAAUGUUUGACUGUUGCAGAUUUAUAUGACAUUCAGGUUAAUAUUCACACCGACACAUUAAAUGAAUCUGGAUUUGUUGAGCAUACAAUUGCUGCAUUCAAAGACCGUACUAUUCAUACUUAUCACAGUGAAGGCGCAGGUGGUGGUCAUGCUCCAGAUAUUAUCAAAGUUUGUGGAGUAAAAAACGUUCUCCCCUCUUCAACUAACCCGACCCGUCCUUUCACUAUCAAUACUGUAGAUGAGCACCUCGACAUGCUUAUGGUCUGCCAUCACCUGGACAAGGAUAUCAAAGAGGAUGUUGCUUUUGCAGAGUCACGGAUUCGUGCUGAAACAAUCGCUGCAGAAGACAUUUUGCAUGAUAUUGGAGCCAUAAGUAUCAUAUCUUCUGAUUCACAGGCAAUGGGUCGCAUCGGAGAGGUAAUUUGUAGAACUUGGCAGACUGCUCACAAGAUGAAGUUAAUCAGAGGAGAACUUGAAAGCAGUACACCCGGAAAUGAUAAUUUGCGUAUCAAGAGAUACAUUGCAAAAUACACAAUUAACCCUGCUAUAGCUAAUGGUUUUUCUGAAUAUGUUGGUUCAGUUGAGGUAGGCAAGCUAGCUGAUCUUGUUAUAUGGAAACCAGCAUUUUUUGGAGCCAAACCAGAGAUGGUGAUAAAAGGUGGCACAAUAGCAUGGUCUGACAUGGGUGAUCCAAAUGCAAGCAUUCCAACUCCAGAACCGGUGAAAAUGAGGCCAAUGUUUGGAGCUUUUGGCAAGGCUGCAAGUUCCAAUUCAGUUGCUUUUGUUAGUAAGGCUGCUUUAGAUGCCGGAGUUAGAGAGCAGUAUGGACUGAAGAAGAGGGUGGAAGCAGUAAGCAAUGUAAGAAAGUUGACGAAACUCGACAUGAAGCUCAACGAUGCCCUUCCACACAUAACGGUUGAUCCAGAGACCUACACUGUGACUGCAGAUGGCGAGGUUCUUACCUGUGCGGCCACAACCACUCUUCCACUUUCAAGAAACUACUUCCUUUUCUAGCUCUCAUCCAUUUUUUCAGAAUUGAGUGACCACUGCAAUGUCACCAAAUAGGAAUGUGGAUUGCAAACCAAUAAACUGCUGAUAAUUUUACCAUUCAACAGAAGCUUCUGUCACGCCAUGAUGAUUAUUUAUGACCAUAACUAUCAAUUGGGCUCUAUAGAUAUUUUUAUUUUACUUGAUGUUAACAUUAUUUGUCUUAUGUAAUGUUAUGGAGCAUAAUUGGCAUCUUAAAUUCAAAUUCAAAAUGAUUAAACGAGCAAA